UUUAAUCCGGCCUGCGAGAUGAUUAUGUAAAUCGGUGGUGUCAAACAUACGGCCCGCGGGCCGGGACCGGCACGCAAGAAGGUCCAAUCAGGCCUGCAGGAUAAUUUAAAAGUGAAAAAAGCAUGAAAGACACAGAAUUAAUAUUUUUAAUAAGGUGCAAUUCAUUUAGUAUCCGCUAGGGGACACUGUUUUGAUCAGAGAAGAUGACAACAGCAGCCUCAGUCCGUCACUGAGACAGACCCAUGACAGCAGACGCUAUCAAUAGCACUCACAUUUACACAUUUAAUAGCACUCUCCUUAGUUUGUAAGGUGUAGGGAGGGAUUACAUUUAGAUUUUAUAUGCACGUGUAAAUGGUUUAAAACGUCCUUUUUUUAUAAAUAUCGUUUAAUCUUAAAGUCCAUUACUAGAUUUUUAAACACCAAUUACUUGUUAAAGUUUGUACAAUCAGUGGUAUCAGUUGCAAUGCAUAUAUGUGAAUGAUAAAAGUAAAUUGCACAUUUCUUGAAGGAAAUGUAAGGUGCUUCAUGAAAUGUGUUCAUUAAAUUUCAACAUUUUCCUAAUGUUCUUGUGCUUCUUUAAACAAUGGAAAGACAUAUUGUUUUGGUUAUUCAAAGCAAAGUAUGGUAUAAUUUUAAUGGCCCGGCCCACUUGACGUCUACCGAGGCCGUAUGUGGCCCACCAUGUGAAAUGAGUUUGACACCCCUGUUCUAACCGGUUAACAGUGGGAACACUGCACUGCUUUGUCUUUUAGAUGAUGCGGACUCCUUGUUACGUCGAGGUGGCAAACAGAGGCUUAAGGGUUGAGUGUAAGAUGAUCAUGUUCAUCAUCAAUGAUUGUCAUCACACCUAUAUGAUGAGCGCUAACGGUCACCACUGUUAUCAUGACAAGUCUCUGGUCUUGAAAUGACAACACGUCUUUCAGAAACGUCUCUGCUUUGUGAUCAUUUACACAUCGUGGGACCUAAUAAAGGUCUUCAUUUCACUCAUGGAACAAUUAAGAGACCCUCACUACAGCUGACAUUGGGACGGGACAAGUGUGCGGUCCCAGAAGUGAGACCCCCCCAAACAAGAAUUACCGGUACCCAGAAAUAACUGCCCAACAGGAUACAGAAGAACUGACGUGUGACAGUCAUCAAGUGACAGAGAACUAACGGCAUAAUGUUACAGUUCAAAAAAAAAGGAGAGGUCAGGAAGUUUGACCCAGAGUUCAAGGGACCCCUUCAAAACAGGGGAUGCACGGACAUCAUAUGCUGUAUGCUCUUCCUUCUUGCCCUGGUUGUCUACUUGGGUGUGGGAAUUCUUGCCUGGUCCCAGGGUGACCCCCGGAAAAUCCUCUAUCCCACUGACAGCAGAGGGAACUUCUGUGGGCAAAAAGGAACAGAGCAGGAGGACAAGCAUCUGCUAUUUUACUUCAAUAUUCUGGCGUGUGCCAAUCCCGUGGUGUUGGUUGAGCUCCAGUGUCCCACAACUCAGAUAUGUGUAAAGCGCUGUCCUACCAAACAUCUCACGUUGCAAGAAGCCCAGACUAAUUCAAAAGAUCGGGAAUAUUACGCAAGGUUUUGCAAGCCAGGUGUAGAAAAUGUCAAGACUACGCAUGCGAAGAGGGAGUACUGCCCUGCUUUGAUCUUGGCCAGCAAAGUCUUUGCACGUCGCUGCAUUCCUUCCCUGUCAAGGUUAGAUGAUGGCACAAUUGUCGUGGGCAAUGAGAGCUCGGUUCAAGUUGGCGAUGAAAAGGUUUCCGCCGGCGAAGUAUACAAUGCGACCAGGAAGGCCAACAUGCGUCUUGAAGCUCGCCAGUUGGCCAUGAAAAUCUUUGAGGAUUACACUCAGUCCUGGCACUAUAUCGUGAUAGCUCUGACGGUAGCGACGAUUUGCAGCUGGCUCUUCAUAGUUCUGCUACGCUUCCUGGCGGGCAUCGUGGUCUGGAUCAUGAUUGCCCUGGUCAUUGUAGUCAUAGCCUACGGUGCGCUACAUUGUUACAUACGGUAUCAAAGUCUGGCUGGGGACACUUCCGCUGAUGUGACCAUCCGUGAACUGGGAAUGCAGAGUGACAUCACGAUCUACCUUGAGAUCCGACAAACUUGGUUCAUAUUCACAAUCACCCUCCUCGUUGUGGAGUUCCUCGUCAUCGUGACUCUCAUCUUCCUUAGGAAGAGGAUCUUGAUCGCCGUCUGCCUCAUCAAAGAGUCCAGCAGGGCACUUGGACAUGUGAAAUCAUCAUUAUUCUACCCAUUGCUGACUUCUUUCCUCCUGGCAGUGGUGAUAGCUUACUGGGCGGUCACUGCAGUAUAUCUCGCUACAUCUAAUGCUGAAGUGUACCACGUAGUAGCCGAUGACAAUUGUACACACCGUUAUCACACAUGCGAUCCCAAGACAUUCGCCACAUCUGAUGUGAUGCGAGAGUGUCCUAAAGCGGAGUGUAAUUUUGCCUACUACGGCGGGGACACCCUGUACCACAAAUACCUCAUCGUGUUCCAGUUUUACAACGUCUUCCUCUUCUUCUGGUGUUGCAACUUUGUGACGGCUUUGGGACAGGUCACUCUGGCUGGGGCCUUUGCCUCAUAUUACUGGGCCUUUAAGAAGCCCGACGAUAUGCCCCCCAACCCUGUCUUGUCGUCUCUGGCACGAACUCUCAAAUAUCACACAGGCUCCGUGGCAUUUGGCUCAUUGAUCCUGUCGGUGAUCCAGAUCAUCAGGGUUCUUUUGGAGUACCUUGAUCAAAAGCUGCAAGGUGCCAGAAACAAGUAUACUAAAUUCUUGCUGAAGUGCAUGAAGUGUUUCUUCUGGUGUCUGGAGACAUGCAUCAAGUUCCUCAACAGAAAUGCUUACAUUAUGAUGGCCAUCUAUGGGAAAAAUUUCUGUACGUCAGCUCAAGAUGCCUUCAUGCUUCUGUUGAGGAACAUUGUCAGGGUGGCUGUCUUGGACAAAGUGACUGACUUCCUGUUGCUCCUUGGGAAACUGCUCAUUGUUGGAGUUAUUGGAAUCAUAUCUUUCUUCUUUUUUACUGGAAGAACGGAUUCUCCUCAGUACUCCCCGCCUAAUUUGAACUACUACUGGGUGCCAAUAUUGACAAAUAUAAUUGGAUCCUACUUCAUUGCCCAUGGCUUCUUCAGUGUGUACUCCAUGUGCGUUGACACACUCUUCCUCUGCUUCUGUGAGGACUUGGAAAGAAACGACGGCACCCCUGGAAGGCCUUACUACAUGUCCCCCGAGCUGCGUGAUCUCAUCGGUUUAGGGAAGAGGUCUGAGGGAGACGGAGACGAUGCAAACCAAGCAGGUGCGCAGGAAGAAGAAACUGUUCAAGAAGACCAGGUUGAACUGAAACUGGAGUCACAAGUCUCUCACUGGUAUGUGGAGGACGAACCUCAGCAAGCGGAUUAUGACGAAUUGACGGAGAAGAAUGCGCGACGGUACGAGACACAGGCGCAAGCGUACAAGACCGAGAACCAAACACAGGAGACCAAGGGGCAAGCAGUCAGUAAAAAAGGCGCGUUGGAAGAGGAGCAAGCAGGGACGGCAGUGGUAAUGAGGCCGCAGCAGCAGUUGCGGUCGGAGGCACCUCCGAAAGUGGGGACGAAUGAGAAUCGUCAAGAAUCCAAGUGAACAGAGGAGGAGAAUGAAAGAACCUGAAUAAUUACAAUGUUGUGGCUCUAAAAAUAAAUGUACAGCAAGAUUUCAUAACCCGGAGGAGGUUGCUGCUCA